AUGAACUGGAUGCUUCCUGCGCGCGCCGCUCAAGCCGUACUUUCUAUUGUUGUCUUGGGACUCAUGGCGUACGUAUCAUCAUGGUGGUCAAGUCAUUGGCGACAGUCGUCUCCAAUCGAAAUCAACUACCUCAUCUUCGCGCCAGCUUGGAGUCUUCUGACGCUCGCUCCUUUGAUGCUCAUCUCGCUGGGCAAAUUCGCCCACUUGGCAGAACAAACCGCUAUGAAGUGGACUCUGUUGGGCAUCGAAGGCAUGACGAUGCUCUUUUGGCUCAGUGGUUUUGUCUCGCUAGGCGUGUUUUUGAACGGUCGCAUCUGCUUUGGCAUGGUCUGCGAUGUAGCUCGCGCAAGCACGGCGCUCAGCGCUGUCUCGUGGUUUGCGUGGAUGGCCACCUUCGGGCUUAGUGUGAUGGCAGUUAUCAAAGGACGCAAGACUGGUGCGGCGAGCGCUGGGAAGAAGCCAUAUGGGAACGAGAUCAAAAUGCACCAAGGUGUAUAGAUGAGACUGAAGACGUGAGGGUGACGCGUACAUAACUAGGAAAGCGAUCAUCAGGCAUGAUUGCGGCGCUUUGGUGUUCUCAUGAAUGAAUGAUGUCUCUCGUUUGCUCUGCUUUGCUUUGCGCAGCACUGAAAUUCAGCUACAAUAUC